AACAGGUCCAUUACAGUGGAGGAGAGAGAGAGGGAAAGUGAGAGAGAGAGGGGCGGGACUUUGGCUGCAGGCGUACUGCGGCAGCAACACGAGUGGCGUGACGUGAGAGAGGAGACACAAACACACACAAAUGCACAUGCUCCCAGCGCACCGGGAUGGCCAAAAGUAGACCGGGUCUGAGCCAGAAUACACACUGCGCAGAAUACAGAUGGGGAACUAACUGACUUCUGCUUUGUAUUUUAUCCCUUGCUUUUUAAAGGUAGUGCCCACCAAUGAGAGAGCAGCUAUGAGGAUGCAACAGUGAUCCAGGAAAAAACACACCAUUGUUAGAGGGACGUUGGAGAAGUGGGACCUACCUCCUGCCAGCUCUGCAUAUCCCGCCAAGACACGUCCCAAGAAGAACUUGCCCCAUUGAAAGAGAAAUGAUGAGUGGAGGAAUCAAUGUGAAAUCUGCCCCCCGGGCUUCAUCCUCAGGGAUCCCUCUUCCUCACAGCCUUCUGCCCUCCUCUCCCAAAACAGACCCCCGUCAGCGCACCUCUAACCAGCGAAGGACAUCCUCACAGAGCCCUAAAGUCACCCCCUCUCACACCCCAGUCCACUCACCCUCACUAUGCCAGCGCAGCUCAGCCAUUCCUGCUUUCUUUGCCAGGGACCAUAAUCUAAAAAGCCAGCUCUUUCAGCGGACCGGGACUCUUCCAGUUCCACAAGCUUCUCGGUCGGCUUACAGCAGUCCCAUCACUCAGCGCAGAAUAACACCAACGCACUCUAAAGACAUACUGGAUUUGGGGAAACCAUCCUACUCUCAGACUGAACAAAAUGGAAACAGGAACCCCUGCAUUAAUAAGAACCAAACUUUGGUUACCUCUUGCCAACCCUCACAGCAACACUUUAGACAUGGGUUGAACUCUAAUAUAUGUUCUAGUGAAAGUGCAUCCACAAGGGACAGAGAGAGUAACCUCCACACUUAUCAAAGUCAAGUUAAGCCCAGUUAUGAUGCUGCCUUAAAAGACCGCACUGACUCUUUGAGCCAAUCAGAUGAAGAGAUGAGGACUCCAGAGGAUGGUAGUCCCGCCUCUUCUCCUGCUCCUUUGCCACCACCACAAAUGGAUUUCAACAUGAAGUCUUUGCUACCUACAUCAGCCAGUCCACAGGACCAAUACCAGCAAAAAGAGGAGACAUCCAUAGACACCAAGGUCAACAUGGCCACUGUGGCUCCAUUUAGUUUCAGAGUUCAUAUUCAAGAAAGUGACCUCUCCAUGAUCGAUGAACUGAGUGACUGCUCUUCUGGAUCUAUUGAAAUCUGUUGUGACGACAUAACUCCAGGAGGGAUGCUGGAGGCUAAUGUGGCUAACAUUAGCAUGACGGCUAAGCCUAGAGAGCUGGACCUCAGGUCUCCUGCUGUCCCCAGCACAGACUCUUCAUCGCAGGCCAUGGCCUCCAGGAAAACCAUGGCCAAGCCUUCUGCUCUGCCACAGGGACAGUCACGGACCAGUGGGUCAGAGCUCAAGGUCUACAGACCCACCUCUGGAUCUAUACCCAUUCCUGUCCCUAAUUCAUCGGGACUAAAGAAGCAGCGCUCUCUAAAUAACUUGUGUGUAUUAACUGAUGCUGAAAAGAAAUUGCACUUGUACCAGUGUCCUCGCUGGAACGAUGACUCGACCCAGGCUGGACCUGGAACUAAAGGAGCACAGACUAAAGCGGGACAGUCUGCAGGGAGACCGCCCCUGUCGCGGACACUCUCAAAGUCAGAACAGUCUCUGUUUCAGGGCAAACCCAAACCAUUUGUAUCUCCUGCUGUUACAUCUAAUAUUGGGAAGCCCAGCAGGAUCCCUGGACCUGGUAAACCACGAGGGCCUUAUGCAGAGGUCAAACCAAUCAGUAAGACCUCAGACCAUAGUGCCAGUGCGGACACAGACUCUGACCUGCCCACCAAACCAAACAGUAAUGGUGCUGGAGGCUCCCUGAAGGGCCAGAAACCAGGAGACAAGACCAGAAGUGCUUCUUUGUCUUUGGAUGAUAAGAAAGACAAAAAGGGGGUCGAAGGAGAAGGGGAUAAGGGCUUUUUAAAAGUGGACCCAGAGCUAGUUGUGACAGUUCUGGGAGAUCUGGAGCAGCUACUCUUCAGUCAAAUGCUAGAUCCUGAGUCCCAAAGGAAAAGAACAGUCCAGAAUGUCUUGGAUCUGCGACAAAACCUGGAGGAAACCAUGACCAGCCUGAGAGGGGUGCAGCUUAGCCACAGUUAUGACAAAGGGCCUACAUGCUAUGACAGUGAUGAAGCUGCAGCCUUCUCCAUUGCCAGCCUCUCAAACCGCUCCUCGCCCCUGUCCUGGCGUCAGGGUCAGGCCAGCCCCCGUCUCCAGGCCGGUGAUGCUCCCUCCACGGGAAACACGCAGUCAGACGUCCCAUUGAGGAUAAGCCACACAGCCAGGAUCCAGCUCAUCGAAGCCUUAGACGAACAGGACCCCGCUCUGCUGAAGGGGGAGUAUCUGAGUGACAGUGACAUCGGGGGGAAGAGUGCAACCGAGGAAGAAGAGGAUGAUGACGAUAUUGACCUUGGAAAUGGCUGGGACGAGAGCAGCUCCAUCAGCAGUGGUUUGAGUGACGGCUCGGACAACCUGAGCUCUGAGGAGUUCAACACAAGCCCCACCCUCAACUCCCUCCCGACCACUCCCAUUGGCUCACGGAGAAACUCCGCCAUUGUGAUGCGGACAGAUGCAGAGAAGAGGUCCCUGGUGGAGAGUGGCCUUUCCUGGGACACAGAUGAUUCCAAACCCAGUCGCAAAAGUCUGGGCAGCAGCAUCUACGAGACAGGCAGCCUCAAGUCCGAAUCAGCCCAGAAAUGGAGAAAGUCCAAGGCUUCGGGGGAAGGGCUAGAAGGAGGAAAAGGAGAGCUGAAGAAGCCUCAAACACUUGGCCAAGGAAACAUGCUGAAGAAAGCAAGAAAUCCACCUGUGGGGGUCACCUCUCCAAUCACACACACUGCUCCAACUGGACUCAAAGUACCAGGUGUGGUGAAGCCUGAUGGAAAACCUACGGAGAAAUCUCGUCUUGCUGUGAAAUCUUCAGGUUUGCAGCGUUCCUCAUCAGAUGCAGGUAAAGAGAAGAAUGGCUCAGUCCCGAGUGAGCCACGUAAACCUCCGUCUGGCCUGGUCCGACCCUCUACUGGUGGAAACUUUGGCUUCAAGAAACCGCCCACAGCUACCACUAACGGGACAAAUAAUAGCAGUAUACCCACAGGGAUGAGCACAGCAAGUACCAUACCGAGCGGCUCUGCGACUGUUGGCAAAGCCCCCAAAACCUCAGCAAUCCCCGUCAAACCUGCUGGCACUGGUGGAGGGGGACGCAAGACCAGUCUAGACGUCUCAAUCAGUGAUCAGAGUGGUUUUUUGUCCCCUAAUGCGAGGACAUCUCUGCAGUAUCGCUCACUGCAGACAAGCACUUUGACCCUGACUCGGCCCAGCUCAGCACGGCCUCUUAGUACCACAGUGGACACCAGCUCUGGCCUGGUCAAACCCUCCACCCCCCAGACAUCCAGACUCAAAGAACCAGGAACGGGACUGUGUAAACCAGGGAGUCGAGGCAUCCCCAGCCCUGUCAAUCAGACUGAUAGAGAGAAGGAGAAAGAGAAGGAGAGAGCUAAAGCUAAAGCGGUGGUGUCAGAUUCGGAGUGCGGGCCGCUAAAGGGCAGUCCUGCUCUGACCCCAUGUGAGACCGGGUCAAAACUACAAGGACUAAGACCUCCGAACAAGAGCACAGACAUGUCCUCACCCAGCACACAAAGGUUAUCUGGCAUACGCAGCCUCACAAAACCAUCCAUGGUCCAUCAUGACAAAGAGAACAUCAGCCUUGACAUUGGCGUCCAGGACACGCUUCCUCCCAAAAUUCCCCCUUACUCAAAGAUCCAGGACUUGGCCAGCUCCUCUAGCUCCUGUCUGUCCCCCAGCCCAGCCCCCCUGCUAAAUGUUAACUCUUCAUCGUGUUUCUCAAGCUCGGGGACAGGCUUAGGCCCUCGGCAGGUGUCCUCCCUGGGGGUUGGGGAGAGUGGGGGCAGCACCUCUCCUUUGCUCUACCCGCGACUGACUGGACUGCACCGAAGUCUGGAGUCACUGCCGCUUCAGAUGAGCCUGGCCCCAGAGCCCCAGAGGGAGAGAGAGAGGGACGGUUUGGUGAGAGGUUACACCACUUUGGAAUCUCGAGACAGGGACAGAAAAGAUGACAGAACCCCUCCGGCAGGCUGGAGCUCUGCAAGCAAAACACCCAAGAUUGUUACUGAAAGCCCACAGCGAGACAGAAACACUCUCCCUAAAAAAGGUUUAAGUUUUGGAGGUGCACCACCAGCUGAGGCUGAAGUAAAAGAGAAAGGAGAGAGGAGACAUUCUCAUAGCAUCCUCAGUAUGAGCGACUCUCUCACUCUCCCUCUGCUGUCUUCACCCACAUCUCUGCCUCGCACUUCAAAGACUAAUAUAUUACCAAGCCCUGUUGGUGGCCCUCCGAGGAUGACCCGCUCCAACAGUAUCCCGACCCCUGACCCCUCCUUGGAGCUGUACACUCCGUCUCCUCUGGGCAGCACUCUCUCUCUGGCUGAACGUCCGCGCAGUAUGGGAAUAGUCCGAUCCGGCUCCUUCAGAGACAAAGACCUUGAUGAGGUUCAUGGCUCGGUACUGUCCUUGGCCUCUAAUGCCUCAUCUAGUUACUCCUCGGUGAGUGCCAGCCCCAUACAGAUUCAGCAAAUUCGAAUGUUGAGGAGGGAACUUGAGUCUUCACAGGAGAAAGUAUCCAACCUGACGACGCAGCUGACUGCAAAUGCCAAUCUUGUGGCAGCAUUUGAGCAGAGUUUAGCCUUAAUGACGUCACGGCUGCAGUCGCUGUCGUUGAGCCAUGAGCAGAAGGACACGGAGUUAAUGGAGUUAAGGGAGACGAUAGAAGCUCUAAAGGCCAAGAACGAUGAAGCUCAGGCUGUGAUCCAAGGUGCCUUAAACAACCCAGACAACAUGAACGAUUUACGCAUUAGACGUCAGAAUUCAUGCGAAAGCAUCUCUAGUCUUAACAGUCUGACCAGUAUGUCUAGUCUGGGGAGUCUCAAAGACCAAGAUGCAAAAAAGAAGAAGAAAAAGAGCUGGCUAAGGAGCUCCUUCAACAAAGCUUUCAGCAUAAAGAAAGGAACCAAAACCUACUCCGACAUUGAAGAAAUCGUCACCCCAGACUCCUCAGCUCCUAAUUCUCCGAAGAUGCCUCAUGAGAGUGUGGAUGGGGGUGAAAAUGCACCUUUAUCAUUGACAACAUCAGCCUCUACCACAUCUUGUGUAAUAAAUGAAGCAGCUGAGGAGGGAGAGGAGGAGGAGAGGAUGGUGUCUGAUCUGCGCACUGAACUUUGGGACAAAGAAAGAGAACUCACAGAUAUCAGACUGGAGGCCUUAAAUUCCGCCCAUCAACUCGAGCAACUCAAAGAGGCCAUGAACAAUAUGCAGUCAACAGUAGAGAACCUCAAAGCAGAGAAUGACCACCUGAAAACUGGAAGCAUGCUGAGCCUUGCUGGCCCCACCUCUUCCACAUCGCAGCCUUCAGGUCUUGCAUCUCUGCUCGGGACGUCUGGAAAAAAACCAACAAGUCUCACCAAAUCCUUCAGCCUCAGUUUGAAUGAUUGUAAAGAUGCUGAGGUGUCAAAUAAUGUUGUGGCAAACAAUGCGUUACACAAAGACGAUGUUUGUGCACACGUUCUAGUUCGCAUUUGUGACCAAGUUGAGGAUGGUAAGCAGCAAUUGUUCUUCCUGGGCUCAUUUGUGGUCAAUGGAAGAACUGACUGGGCAUGUCUAGACUCCAUGAUCUCUAAAACUUUUAAAGACUACCUUGCUCAGGUGGAUCCCACAUCCAGCCUGGGUCUCUCAUCUGAUUCCCUGCUCAUGUAUCAGCUGAACCAGGGAGUGCAGAGAGUGAUGGAAGGAGACAGACCCCAGACGCUGCCUUAUCGUUGCCUUGGCAAUGGUCAAGCCAAGAUACUGGUCACUCUGAAAGGCCUUCGAGAGAAAUGUGUGGACGCUUUGGUGUUUGAGACUCUGGUUCCAAAGCCCAUGAUGCUGCAUUACAUCAGCCUGUUACUGAAGCACCGGCGCCUGGUCCUGUCUGGGCCCAGCGGCACAGGGAAGACCUACCUGGCCCAGCGCUUGUGCCACUACCUCCAGCAGCGCAGCCUGUGUGGUCCACAUGAAGCUGAGCAAGAGUCCUGUCUUCCGGGACGCAUCUCUGCUGUCACCUUCAAUAUGCACCAACAGUCUCAAAAGGAUCUGCAGUUGUAUUUGUCUAAUUUAGCAAAUCAGAUUGACAGAGAAAGUGGAGAGUUGCCUUUGGUCAUAAUCAUAGAUGAUAUCAGUGAUGCUUCAGCCAUCACAGAGCUUGUAAAUGGUGCAUUGACCUGCAAAUAUCACAAAUGUCCUUACAUUAUUGGGACAACAAAUCAGCCUGUGAAAAUGAACUCCAACCUCGGCUUGCACCUCAGCUUCAGAAUGAUUACAUUUUCCAAUAAUGUGGAGCCAGCGAAUGGUUUCCUUGUACGGUACUUGCAUCGGAAAGCUGUGGAGACGUACCAGCAGAGGGAACUAGAUGCCACACAACACCAGGCUCUGAUGCAUGUAUUAGACUGGGUCUCUCAGCUCUGGUACCACCUGCACACUUUCCUGGAAAAACACAGCACUUCAGACUUCCUUAUAGGUCCUUGCUUCUUCCUGUCAUGCCCUGUUUCCGUGUCAGAGUUUAGGCAAUGGUUUAUUGAUCUAUGGAACCACUCAAUUAUUCCAUACUUACAAGAGGGAGCAAAAGAUGGUAUCAAGGUGCAUGGGCAGAAAGCAGUCUGGGAAGACCCAGUGGAGUGGGUACGAGGCACCCUGCCCUGGCCCAAUGCUCAGCAAGACCAGUCCAAGCUCUUCCACCUACCUCCACCCAGUGUCAGUGCGUCCAGUGAAGACAAAAAGCCUCUCAAAGACACUCCUCCCCCAAGUUCUCUUGAGGCAGACCCAUUGAUGGCCAUGCUUCUUAAGCUUCAAGAAUCUGCCAACUACAUCGAGUCUCCGGAACGGGAAGGCAGUUUGGAUCCCACUCUUCAAACCACACUUUGAGUAUAGUCCACCUAUGGCACUACAUACUGGGCCUUCUAUGGACAUACAACAGUGGGAUUGCUGGAGAUGAAAAGACAUUAAACCUGCUCUUGAUGGAAACUGUGAUUUCAUAGGCAAGAAAAGACAAUGACUUGUCACUUCUCAUUAUUGACUUUAUGGUGCAUGGUUACCAUAGAAAGUAUUAUGCAAAUUUUUUCCAAGAAUCUUCCCCUUUGUAAUUACUGCCAGAAUUAUUUCAAUAAUUAUUGGUGCUUUCUAAAUCAAUGGCUUAGAGUUUUACAAGAAAGUCUCCCCAAAUACAGUCCCUGACAAAAGUCUUGUUGCUUAUCCAUUUUGUAGAAACAAAAGCUUAUAACCUGACUU